CUGUUUAAGGGGGCUAUUUGUGACAAGAGCUGCAUCUUAGCAAGGAUUUGAAUCCAACAAAUCCAAUUAAUCAAAUGCUCAUUGACUUUAGCAGUAUUUUUAUUUUAUUUUAUUAUUAUUUAUUUAUUGUAUUUAUUUAUUUUAUAAAUUUUUUUUGGCCUCAAACGCCUAAUUCAAAUCUUUCUUUUUUGGUCAUAAGUAAAGACAAUAAAAUCAUCAUACAUUUAGAAAAGAUUGAAUAUACUGAAGGUAGAUUUUAACUGAAAGGUGAAAUUUUAACUGGGUUCCUGUGUGACAACUUACCCCAUAUACUGAAGUGUGACAAUAUGGCUUUAUUAUGAAGAUUUAGAGCGAUUAAAAGGUGCACUAAGAAAUUUUUGAUAAACGCUUUCGGGCCGUACGUGUCCCAAAACACACUUGUAGCCAAUCAGCAGUUAUGAUAGAGAGAAGAGAGCACUUGAUUUGAGUGAACAGGACGGAUAUUAGCAGAUCGAUUAUAGAUAGAGAGAAAUAGAAGAUUAACAAAAGAGGAAAAUAUUGGAGGAACGAAACAUUAAAAAGAAGGGUUACGAUCAGGUAAGAGUUAGGACCCGCGUAAAUAUUGGAGCAGCUUUCCAGCAGUGGAGAGGACUCAAGGAGCAGGAAGGGCUCGAAUCGGACGCCGAUCGAGGUUGCGUUGUUUCUUCUUGAUAGUUGUUCUGCUGGUUGGCUGUUCUCAGAGCUCUGAAGCAGUCAGGACGAGGAGAGAGAGAGAGAGAGAGACAAAGGAGAAAACCACAUUAAGAGAAAAGCAUUUCAUCUCAUUCUAAUGUAUACUUUAAGCAUGGGUAUCAUAUUUGUACCAAACAUUUUCACAGGCUUCAACGCAAUUUUUAGAUAACUUCAUACUAAUCCUCUCAUAAGUUUUGCAUUUGCAUGUUUUAUUCUGGGUGGUUUUGUGCAUCCUGUUCUUUUUCUGCACCAAACUGGGAAACUCUCUUGUGUCUGUUCCUCUUAAUACCUGAAAGUGAAACAAAACAUUGUUACUAAACCAUAUAUAAAUGUACCUCUUAUUGUUAUAUAAACACUCUGGGUUACUCGUGUAAACUGAACUUAGUGAAUAAUGUUUGUCUUAACUGAAUUAUAGAUAAUGUGUAGUUUUUACAGUAUAUCCAUGCUUCAUCUGUUAAAGAUUGGAUUAGUGGUGAGCGCGCACAUUAUGGUUUGUUUGACAAAUAAAAGUAAUUAAUCACCUGUUUCCAUGUAAGGUGUCCAAUAUCAAACAAAUGUGUAGUUUAGGACAAGUGCAUAUGAAAUCAGUAUAAACAUAAGGGUCUUCAGAGCAAAAUAAGUACACCAAUGCAUAACAAGACAGCACAGGCAUUAAUGUUUACUUUAUUCUCUUUAAUCUUAAGUGAUUAGCAAAAGUAAACAAAUUCUACCCUAUUCCUAAACCAUGUAACUUAUUUUAAAGGAACAGAAAAAUUAAUAACAAAGUAGGCCUAUGUGAAAAUAUGAAAAGUUGGUUUUCCUGCUGACACAAUAUCUGACAGCUUAUAUAGGGUGACAGCAGCAUUUGAUUUAAAAUAUGCAGGGAUAUCUGUCUUUUUGAACCUCAUUUUAAACAUUUGCAUGUUUGGUGUUUUAAAUGGCAUGCAACCUAAGAAGCUUUCCACAUAUUUCUGGUGAUGCAUUUAUUUCAGUCGCAGCACUUAGGCUACACAUCCAGAAGCUUUGGACAUCCACUCUUCAGGUGACAAACAUUUUUCAGCAAUUUAUGUAUUUAUUUAUUUAUUUUCCUUCUUCUCUGCUUAAUAUACUUAUGGCCUGGGUAUUUAAAUUAAUUUAAAGUAAAAUCCGCAGUGACUAACAUUGUCCCACUUAGCUAUAAACAAAAUAGACGAUUAUCUUAAAGUUUCAACUAAAUAAAAAACAAAUGUCUAUAAUUUAGGCCUACAACACAUCGGUGUAGCAACAAUAUUACGGUAAUUAAUUGCAUAAUUAAUGCUGAAGCCGUCUUAGUUCAUUUUCAUUACAGUCCAAAUCUGAAACAAAACCUGACGAUAAUUGCGCAUGUAUGAAACAGCGCGAGCGCGAGUCCGAGAAGCGGUACGUGACCGUAGCGUCGGUUCGCGGAUGACUUGCAUGGACAAGGAUGUUAAUAUUAGUAGCCUCAAUAUCUGACCGCUAAAUAGCGUGAUUGGCCAAUCGGUGUCCAGUACUCCAAGAGCAAUACAUUUACAAUUAUGCUGUGUUAAGAUUUACUAACCAUUUUGUAUUGAAAUUUGGAAUUAUAAAAUGGAAUGAUUUGGAAUAUUACCUGCACAUCUUAUUACUUAUUUCGUUUUUUUGACUACAGUCUGAAUUGCAUGUUAUUUCACACUAACACAUAGAUUGCAAAUGCAAAUAAAGGAGAAAAUUUGUAUUAUUCAUUACUGCGAAAGAACACUUAAAUUAUAAAGUUAUGUGAAUUAAGAAAACAUGUUCAAGUCAUUUAAUAUUAGUGUGUUCUAGAAUUAAUGAUUAAAACUUAGAACUGUACAGUCUAGAAUAACAGACUUAUUCUUAUUUUGACUAGUUUUUUCUUCCUGGUCUCAUGGCAUUUACGUACCUGGGUUCACUUUUUAGUGUGACAUUAAAUAUGUACCAAUAAGUACAUAUCACUGCAUUUUCCAAAAUAAAUGAACACUUUCACACAAAUUUACAGAGUUGUGAUUAAUAAAGCGUAAUUUUCGCACAGUUACUUGAAGGAUAUCAUGCUAUGACUUCAAAACAAUAUUAAUAUGCUGGGAGAUUUGAAAAAUGAUGGUUUUGAAUGUUAGCAUCGCACACAUCCAGAGUCAUAUCUAUGGGUUUUCAUAGAUGACAAAUUUGUUCGGUAGCUCACGGAGUACAACUUAGGAGGCGAGAAGCGCCGGUUUGAAUCCUGUCUAACUAUGGUUCGACAAAGCAGUUAAAAUCUGCAUAAAAGGAAGUUCAAAUAGCACAGUUGCAUCAGUUAAUACGUUUUUAUGUCAGUUUUGCAUUUGUUAACACUAUCGGGUAGGUUUAGGGCUGGAUUUGGUGUAGGGCGUAUUUCCAACACGAUAAAGCAUUAACUUUUAGCGACAGUCCCCGGAUAUUUGAAUUCUGAACCACCGCAAUACGUAUCUGAAGCAACGUAAUAAAAAAACAGCAAUAUGUACCAAUAUCUACGUAACAAAAACGUGCCAGGGUUCACAUAUUGAACCUGUGUUUUAGUGCCACUCGGUGGACAUUUCUAUUUGAAACUGCGACAAAACGUGCAACAAGGUACGUAAAACUGUUUCGCCCAAAAAGUGCGCAGAGGUACGUAUUUUUAUGAGACCAGGUUACUAGUUUUCAUUGCAGUCUAAAAUGCAUGUUAAUUCAUAGCCUACAUAUUAAUACUUCCCCAUUCAUAUAUACUGCAUUUGUAACUUUUUCUGCUAUUUUAGAAACAGAAGAAAUGAACUCCACUGAAGCAUCCACAAACUCCACAACCUUUGAACAUUUGCUUUGGUCACUGAGCAUUGUAGACAUGUUUGUGUGUAGCAGCAAUUUCUUGUUUGGUUUUCCUGUACACUCCUAUAUUAUAUGGCUCAUUGUCACAGGAAAAGGAAGUGAUGUUGCAUCAGAGUCCUUCAACAUCAAUCUCUUUAUUUGUGAAUUAUGGAUUUCUUUCAGUUGUUUGUUAAGUGUACUGUCAAAUUUUGUUCAACUAAUGGCACUGCCAUCAUUUUUAACUGGAUUAAUGGUUGCUGGCCGUCCUCUGUUUCAGUGUCUGAUCUGUGUUGAGCGUUACCUGGCAGUGGUUCAUCCUGUAUCCUUCCUGAAGUUCAAACCUCUCAGAUAUAGAGUGAUCUGCUGCACUGUGGUCUGGAUUAUCACUCUUGCCUCUUGUUUGUGCUGCAUGUUUACUUCGUCCCUAAAUCAAUUUAUUUGGUUUAUGUGGUUGUUCCCGAUUCAGUUCUUUCUCUUUCUCUCCAUCCAGUUGUUUUGUCUUGUGGCUGUUCUCAGAGCUCUGAAGCAGUCAGGACCAGGAGAGAGAGGGAGAGAGAGAAGGGAAGAAAACCACAUGAAAAGAAGAGUGUUUUAUCUUAUUCUAAUAAUUACUGUAUGCAUGUGUAUCUCAUUUGUCCCAUACAUUCUUGCAGGCGUGUUCAACAUUUUCCAAAAACACAAUGCUAAUACUUACAACACAUUUGCUUCGGUUUGUUUUAUUAUGGGUGGUUUUGUGCAUCCUGUUCUUUUUCUGCACCGGAGUGGGAAACUUCCCUGUGUCUGUUCCUCAUAAACCUGCAACUGUAACAAAACGUUGUUGCUAAAAUCCUUAUCUAAGUGUGCCUUUUAUUGUUAUAUAAACAUUCUGGGUUACUCAUGUAUACUGAAUUUGGUGAAUAAUUUUGUCUUUAAUGAAUUCCUUGUAAAGAUUAUAGAUCAUGCUGUGUAGUUUUUACAUCUAUUAAAGAUGGGAUUGGUGGUGAGUGCAUUUAUGGUUUGUUUAGUGUUUGUUUGUCAAAUAAACAUUAUUAAUCCCGUUUCCAGCUGUUUAAAAAAAAAAAAGGUUUAGACGUGCAUAUAAUAACCCACAGUGACGCGGGUUUCACAAACACUGGUGAUUAUCUGGAAAGGUCUUUUUAAAGCAUUAUCCCUCACUUUCAACCCAGGAAGUCCCUAAGUGACAUAUAAUGAACACCCAGGUUCAGUCAUGUGACAAUGUGUGCAUUUUUUGUUGCCAUGGCAACAUUUCCAAAAUGGUGUCUUGUCUGGUUAGCACAUGUUACAGUGUCAGCCAUUUUUAAAAACGCUUGUUUUUGUUACAAAAGGUAUGUUUCAACCCAUACAACAAUUCUAAUGUUUUAAUAAUAUAUCCUAGAUUACUCUUAAUCUGAUUUUAAUACGUUUCUUGAGCAAAUUGAUAUAAAACAAGUUACAAAGAUAUCGUGGUGACAUACAGUAUAUGUCACAUCGGGCUAUUAACCUUAUAAAAGUAGGUGGAAUUUUGAUGUGACGUAUUUGUCACAUUAAGAAAAAUUGUAAAAAUGGUAAUGAGCUGCUCAAUUAAUUUAGCUGAUUCAAUUACUUUAAUGUUAUAUAUAUUCUGCUGCUCAUUUCAAAGCAUAUUUUAACAAACCUACGUGCAUGUUUAACAUGUUGACCUCCAGUAUAAGGUAGUUAUUUAUUUUUAUUCAGUUUGCACAUUUUCAAGUUGUGAAAAAAAAUAAUAAUAUAAAAAUCUAAAAAUUAAUUUCUGGUUAAACCAUAUACCUGAAAAGGAAGAAUUUUGAUAUGUUACAAAAGAGUUGUUGUAAAAUGUAAUGGUCACAGUUAUGUGGUUUUGAAAUAUGUUGUGGCAAAGGAAAUAAAAUGCAAAAACUAUAUUACUUUUGAAAAAGAUUUUUGUUUUAUCUUCCCAGAAAAGUAAUCAUUUUGAUAUACUGUAUGUUGUGGAAAAGCAAAUAAACAGAAAAAACUUAUUUAGCAAAAGCAAAUUAUAAAAUGUAUUUUUUUUUUUUAAUUGAGAAAUAAACGCCCAAUGUAACAUAUAUGUAACAUGAAAAAUGUAUCAUAAACGCCCAAUGUCAUAUAUAUGUAACAUUACAGAUCUUUCACAAGGAGGGGUUGUAUUUCAAAAACAACUGCAGAAACAUGUUAUAAGUGGUCCAUUUGGUCUGUUUUAUAUGCCCCAUAAUUUUCCUAUAAGGAUAAAUUGGUCUGGGUUCUUAUGGGUUUAAAUAAUCUGAAAAAAAAUAUCAUAAAGAUGAGGAUCUUCAGAGUAAAAUGAUUACACCAAUACACAACAAGACAGCAGGCACUCCCAUCAAGCACAAAUAUUUAGUUGAUUAUCUUUAAGUGAAUAAAUAAAAGUAAACAAUCCUAUAUCCCUGAAAUAACUUAUUUUAAAGAAACAGAAAAUUGGAUAAUAAAGUAUGUGAAAAAUGGUAUUAUCUGACUGAUACAGUUUGUGACAACUUACCCCACUUAGUGUGACAACAUUCCCUGCUGUCAUAAAAGGGGUAUAUUCAACAAUUUAGAGCAAUUUAUCUAUGUAAAAAAAAAAAAUAAUAAAAAAAAAGAGUAUUUGAUUUUAAAUAUUAUGAAUUUUAUUAUUUUCUUUACAAAUGAUACAAAUUAGGACUAUCUGUCUUUUUGAAUAUUUGGUGUUUUAAAUUACAUGCAACCUAAGAAGCUUUCCAUAUAAUGCACUUGCUGCCAUUCACACAGCACAGAGAUUAUUACACAUCCAGAGGCUCUGGACAUCAACUCGUCGGGUGACAAACAUUUAUUUUAUCAUAUACACUACCAGUCAAACGUUUUUGAACAGUAAGAUGUUUAAUGUUUUUAAACAAUUCUCUUCUGCUCACCAAAUUGAUCCAAGAUACAGCAAAAGCAGUAAUAUUGUGAAAUAUUUUUACUAUUGAAAAUAACUGCUUUCUAUUUGAAUAUAUUUUAAAAUGUAAUUUACUCUUGUGAUUUCAAAGCAGAUUUUUUGCAUCAUUAAAUAUAUGUAUAGCCUAUAUAUAUACAGUAUGCUGCUUAAUACUUAACAGAUAAUGCAAAUUCGGGGUACAUAAUCAUAUUAAUUUCCUGAUCACCCUAUCUGUUUUUUUUUUUUUUCUUUGAGAAUGGCCAACUGACUGUACUUUGUGACACUUCUAAAUAUAUAGGCAUGAAUUGCCUGUAUAUAAUUUCAAGGCUUCCACAAAAAAAAAAAAAAAGAAAAGAAAAGAAAAAAGUCUAUAAAAGGCCUACAAAAUGUAGUUUUAGUGUAGCCAGUAAUAAAUUCUGGUGCCGCCUGUUCUCUUCAAGAAGCGAUACGAGACGUGAAUGUUGUGUCGGUUCCGUAGCGUAGGAAGUUGCAUGGACUACGGCAUAUAUUAGGAACUAUCUAACCCCUAAAUAACGUGAUUGACCAAUCAGAGUCAAGUAUCCUACUCUAAGGGCAAUAAAUUUACAAUAAUGUUGUAAUAAUUACUGGCAAUUUUAUAUAGAAAUUUAGAACUGUGUAGAAUUAUAGAAUGGAAUGAUUUGGAGGCUAGACCUAUUACCUUCACAUCUUACUAAUUUUUUUUUAAGCUUUUCAAGUCUUGUAAUAUAGAGUGUUAUAAAAUUAAAAAGUAUUAAUACAAUUUUAUAAAAUACAGAACUGUAUAGAAGGCAAAAAAGCAUUUAUGGUUUUUCAGGCUAUAGUUUUCACCGCAGUGUGAAAGGCAUGUUAAUUUAUAGCACUUUAUACUUCUCCAUUCUUAUAGACUGAAAUUUUAACCUUUCAGCUUUUUAGACACAGAGGUAAUGAACUCCACCGAAGGAUCCACAGACUCCACAACCAUGUGGCAUUGGCCAGCGACCAUUGUAGACGUGUGUGUACGCCAUCAAUUCCUUGUUUGGUUUUCCUGUACUCUCCUAUGUUAUGUGGCUCAUUGUUACAGGAACAGGAAGUGGAGUUGUAACAGAGUUCUUUAAUAUCAAUCUCUCUAUUUGUAAAUUAUGGUUUUCUUUCAAUUGUUUGUUAAGUGUACUGUCAAAUUUUGUUGAUGCCAUUGCAUUAUCAACAUUUUUAAUUGGAGUAACUAUCAUUGGUUGUCCUCUGUUUCAGUGUCUGAUGUGCUACCUGGUCUCAUGGCAUUUACGUACCUGGGUGCACUUUUUAGUGUGACAUGAAAUACGUACCAAUAAGUACAUAUCACUGCAGUUUCCAAAAUAAAUGAACACUUUCACACAAAUUUACAGAGUUGCGAUUAAUAAAGCGUAAUUUUGGCACAAUUACUUGAAGAAUAUCAUGCUAUGACUUCAAAAAAAUAUUAAUAUGCUGGGAGAUUUGAAAACUGAUGCUUUUGAACGUUAGCAUUGCACACAUCCAGCUUCAUAUCUAUGGGUUUUCGUAGAUGACAAGUUUGUUCGGUAGCUCACGGAGUACGGAGUACGGAGACGGACUUAGGAGACGAGAAGCACCGGUUCGAAUCCCGUGUAACUACGGUUCAACAAAGCAGUUAAAAUCUGCAUAGAAGGAAGUUCAAAUGGCACAGUUGCAUCAGUUAAUACGUUUUUAUAUCAGUUUUGCAUUUGUUAACACUAUCGGGUAGGUUUAGGGUUGGAUUUGGUGUAGGGCGUAUUUCCAACACGAUAAAGCAUUAACUUUUAGCGACAGUCCCCGGAUAUUUGAAUUCUGAACCACCGCAAUACGUAUCUGAAGCAACGUAAUAAAAAAACAGCAAUAUGUACCAAUAUCUACGUAAUAAAAACGUGCCAGGGUUCACAUAUUGAACCUGUGUUUUAGUGCCACUCAGUGGACAUUUCUAUUUGAAACUGCGGCAAAACGUGCAACAAGGAACAUAAAACGGUGUCGCACAAAAAGUGCGCAGAGGUACGUAUUUUUAUGAGACCAGGUUGCUGAUGUGUGUUGAGCGUUACCUGGCAGUGGUUCAUCCUGUAACCUUUCCGAAGUUCAAACCUAUCAGAUAUAGAGUGAUCUUCUGCACUGUGGCCUGGAUAAUCACUCUUGGCUCUUGUUUGUGUAGCAUGAUUAUUGCAGUGUUACAUAACGUUAUUUGGUUUAUGUGUUUAUUCCCGAUUCAGUUCUUUCUCUUCCUCAUCAUUCAGUUGUUUUGUCUUGUGGCUGUUCUCAGAGUUCUGAAGCAAUCAGGACCAGGAGAGAGAGUGAAAGAGAGAAAUGAAGAAAACCACAUGAAGAGAAGAGCAUUGUAUCUCAUUAUAAUAAUUACUGUAAGCACGUUUAUCAUAUUUGUCACAUGCAUUAUUGCAGCCUUUUUCACAAUUUUCACACCACACAAUAUUGAAGUUUGCAAAACAUUUGGUUUGGUUUGUUUUAUUCUGGGUGGUUUUGUGCAACCUGUUCUUUUUUUUGCACCGGAGUGGGAAACUACCCUGUGUCAGUUCCUCAUAAAACCUGCAACUGUAACAAAACAUUGUUAGUAUAACGGUGUAUUAUAUAACUAAACCUUAAUCUCUGACAAAGGUUCACCUGUUUCCAUGUCAGGUGUUAGUUCAAAACAAUACUGUAAACAAGUGUAUAUAAAUUCAGCUAAACCAAAAGUUGAAAUAGGAAUGUUCAGACACCAAGGACGCAAAAAAGAGAGCUCAGGUACUCCCAUCAAUACUAUACAUAAAGCAGCACAGAGAAAUAUCACCACAUCUAAACUAAAUUCAGAGCUCAGAAUAAAUGAACAGCUCUACAAUGAACUCCAUCACCCCUGAAGAAUCCACAAACUCCACAGAACAUUUCUUCUGGCCGCUGGGCAUCUUAGGAAAGAGUGUGUUCAUCGUCAAUGUCCUGUUUGGUCUUCCUGCCCACUCCCACGUUUUAUGGCUCAUUGUCACAGGAACAGGAAGUGGAGUUGCGUCAGAGUUCUUCAAUCUCUCUGUUUGUGAAAUGUUUUAUUGCUUGAAUUGUCUGUUAACUCUACUGUCAUUUGUUUGUCAGAGUCUUAUAAGUAUAACACAGUUUUUAGUUGGACUAGGCAUCGCUGGUCGUCCUCUGUUUCAGUGUCUGAUGUGUGUUGAGCGUUACCUGGCAGUGGUUCGUCCUGUAACCUUUCUGAAGUUCAAACCUCUCAGAUACAGAGUGAUCUGCUGUACCAUGGUCUGGAUAAUCGCUAAUGGUUGCUGUUUGUUCUGCAUGUUUACUUUAGGUUCAGCCAACUAUUUUAUAUUUACAUGUUUUUUCUCACUGCAGUUCCUAGAGUUCUUCUCCAUCCAGAUGUUUUGUCUUGUGGCGGUUCUCAGAGCUCUGAAGCAGUCAGGACCAGGAGAGAGAGCGAGAGAGAGAGAGGAGGAAAACCACAUGAAGAGAAGAUAAUUUUAUCUUGUUCUAAUAAAUACUGUGAGCAUGGCUAUUAUGUUUAUUCGUUGUUGUUGUUGUUGUUUUCCAUUAAUCCUAUCUGGGUUCUUAAGUAUUUCUACACUUAAUAAUAUUGAAAUACACAGGACCUUUGGAAUAAUUCGUUUUAUUGUUGGUGGUUUUGUUCAGCCUGUUCUUUAUCUGCACCGGACUGGAAGACUCUAUUGCCUCUGUUUCU